GCUAGAGAUGUAAUACUGAAAGAUUCAGUUUCUUUAGAACAUCGGAGUCUGUAACACCUACUGGCAAACAUGGGGUCAGUAAGCAGUCCAGUGGCCGUCAUUUUUAGACUUUUGUUGAUAUUUUUGAAUAUCGUGUUCGUGUUAGUGGGUCUGAUAUUCAUGGCAUUGGGUAUCGUGGUGAAAUUUUUUCUAGGAACCAUUCUUCAAGGCAGCCUCAUGUCGGGUACAGUUAAAGACAUCUAUCACGACAUCAGCAAAGAUCAACCUAUUCCCAAAGAUCUGGAAUUUGGAACUUUCACAAAUGAUGCCGGCUUGGCACUAAUUAUUCUGGGAGUCAUAUUGUUUGGAAUAUCCGUUUUUGCAUGUUGUGGAGCUUGCUACAAAUGGCGUCCAUUUUUAAUAAUCUUUUGUUGUUUAGUAAUUGUUUUACUACUAGGAGAAGUCACAGCUACCGGAUUAUUAAUUUCAAAAUCGUCACCAGUACAUGACAAGGCUAGAAAAGAAUUGAUAUCACAGUUAAAGAAAUAUAAAGUAGACGGAUCAGAUGGUUUCUCAGCAACAUUCAAUUUAUUUAUGGUCGGGAUGAAAUGCUGCGGAGUUAAUGGACAGGACGACUUUAAAGAUUUAGUUUUAAAGUACAAAGGAAAUCCCGUCGAAAUACCACCAGCUUGUUGUAAAAGAAUGCCGGACAACAAAGGGGAAUUACAACUAUGUCAAAACGGACCAACAUCUGACAAUUCAUACUCUGAGGGUUGCUACGAUGCCUUCUUAAACUUGAUAAACUCCGGGAAUAAAUGGGCAAUUCCAGUUCUCGUUGUCAUAUUCAUCGUACAGCUGUUGGAAGUGGUUUUUGCUGCCUAUGUAAUCAGAGAUAUUGGUAAAGGUUCGGUUGGACCAGUGUAAUGGAGAAAAGAAAAUCAUGAAUUGUGUAAAGAUGUACAUAAUAUAAUUAUCUAAAAACCGUAUUCACGUGAGAAGAAUUGGAUAAUAUUUACCAUUUAAUUAUAACUGGGGUGGGGUACGAUUAGAUCUACCGAGUUUUGUUUGUAUGUAAAUAGAUAAUAUAUUCUAAUGACGAUCCCCAUUCAGUGUUCUUCGACAACUAAUUACUUAAAGAUGCAUUAUGUAAGAGUUAAAGCUGCCUAUAGCAGGUCUUUAUUUUGGCCUGAAAUGUUAUAUAAAAUUUAUUAAUUAGACCUCUGUGCACAUAAGCCUAUAACCAACAACUCCCUAGACUAUCGGGUGGUCGCGAUAUUAAAUGAUUUGAAACACCCCAUCAAUUAAUAAUUUAAUUUAAAAAAUGGAUAAACGAGACUUUGUUUAUUACCGUACUUGACAAUCGAGACUAUACUGUGAACAUUUCAGAGUUUAAUAAGUUUGCUCAGAAAUGAGUAAUUUGAAAUUUUUAAUAUAUUUAUUUAUGUUUCAUUAUCGAUUUAUGAACUAUUAUAGCAAGAACGGCCAGCUCUUUAUCUUAAUCUUGCAUAAUGCAUCUUUAAUAGAGGCCCUUAAUGAUUGACCAAUCUCCAAUUUUCUUGACACGUACGAAAAGGGGCUGAGAAUAUCGAUUUUUGCAAUGAUUUUAAAAAAAAAAAAAAAAGUAAUUCAAAUGUAAUUGUCCAUUACACGAUACUUGGAAUGCCAUUAAUCGGUUUUCCAUAAGAUUUGUUUUAAAUGUCCUAGCAUUCAUUGCAUAUCUGUUACUUCAAAACUGUGUCUGAAUAGGGUGUGAAUCUUUUGUUAGGCCAUCUUUGAUAAGACACAAAUCUAUGUAUUCUGUUUAUAUGAACAUAAUGUACGAGGUGUACAUUUUUUGCCAACGAUGUCGCAAGGCCUGGAUGCCGGUCAGAAAGAAGUUUUCUUCAGCCACCCUAAAACAAGUCUGUGACAUGUGACAUGCCGUCAUCAUUACUAGGAAACAUAUGUAACUCUGUCACCGGACGUGAGGAAACUGGCAAGUUUCGGAUCCGCAGUCAAGAGCUUUGGCACCCAACUUGCAGAAACUUUUACCAUUCACUGGGGAUAAUGUGUUCAACCCUCACAGGAUAGGGGCCCACAACACUGGCAAUAUCUUGAGUGGUCAAUCGUCGAUCAGCCAUCACCAUGUCAUGCACCCGGCUAAUGUGUUCUUGCAUCAUCCCCGAAAGUGGAGAUCAUGUCGGCAUUUAUCUGUGUUGGGAUUGGUCCUUUCAGUUGCAGAUACGUGAUUACUCCCCUUUAGUCAAUUUUGUCCAUUUCUGGUGAUUUCAAUGGGUAGGUUCACAAAAUAGUCUGUUACGAAGACACUAAUAACACUACAGUUGAAGUUCUUAUGUCUAUGAUUCAGUCAAUGAUUGUACAUGUACUUGGUGGUAAAAUUUGGUUUCAACCCAAUUGAUCUAUUCUUAGAACUCUUUAGCCAGUCCUCGUAUAUCCGUAAAUCCAAGACAAACAAUAAGACCUACAUGAUGGAGAACAAUUUCUAGAGAUAAAGCACAAGGUGUUUUAAUCGGAAUUAUAUCCUUCAGGAGCGGUCUCUGAUCGGACGCCUGUCCACUGACCGUUCCUAUCUAUCCUCCUCUGUUCUAAAUGUAUUUUGGAAUCCUUGCCUUCUAUUUCUCACUGUGAUUCUUUAUUUUUCACCAAAAGGCAUCAUUUCUCGCCAUAUCUGACAAAUAUUUGUAAUAAUUCAACACUAUUUUCAAGUAAAAUUUUGCGAGUCUCGUAAUGGCUGACCAGUCCAAACGUAUUUUGUGUAUGUUUUUACUCGCAAAAUUCUACUUGAAAAUAGUGUUGAAUUAUUAGAAAUUUGUGUCAGAUGUGGCGAAUAAAAAAGAAUCGGCAAGGAUUCCAAAAUCGCAUUGGAACAGAGGUGGGGAAGAACGGUAUUUUCAUAUUAUGCAGCUAUAUAGGGACGGUUAGGAACUGUCAGUGGACAAGCGUCCGAUCAGAGACCGUGGCUAAAGGAACUAAUUUAGAUUAAAACAAACUAGGUUAUACCUCUAGAAAUUGAGAAAUAAAUUUAUUCCAUGCCCGAAAGUCAAAUGUUUAUGGCAUUGUACGUGAAAUGGCAAAUAACACAAUGGGAAGAAAGGUGAACCCAAACUGAAAAGCAACCGAUAUAAAUGAAAUGUGGUUUAUUAAUCUCCUUUUCUGUAUCUGUCGGGUUGAUAAAGACGGGGAUAUGAUAAAUGAACUACGUAAUGAAUUUAGCCGACAUAAUUACUAGUUUUAUUUCAUUUGAUUACAUCAAUCUGUAUUAAAGGAUGGAUGAUUGCCAACUGUAUUGUAAGUGGUUUGGGAGAAAUCGAAGAAAUCUCAACAAAAAUGCUAAACGUGGCUCGGGCGGUGUCGGGUUCUUAAUUAAAGCAUGUGUUUUCGACCAAUUCCACGUAUCUGUUUUGGAUGAAUCCAUUGAAGACGUGCUGUGGAUAAAAUUAAAAUCAAGGGCGUGUGACAAAAGCCUAUGUCUGUGCGUUUGCUAUCUACCCCCGAAUGGUUCAACCCAUAGGGUGGACGCGGUGCAGUUUUAUAAUAACUUGCUAAAUCAGGUCUACUCUCUCCAGAAUGAAGGAUUUGUGUGCAUCGGUGGAGACUUUAACUCACGGGUCGGAGAUCAGGUUGAUUAUAUCUUAGGCGUCGAUGAAGUACCACAAAGAUCUGUUCUAGACAACACAGAAAACAGUUAUGGAACACAAUUUGUUAACUUUCUAUGUGACACUAAUUUUUGUAUGUUAAACGGGCGUAUUCACGGACAAAAUGAUUACACAUACGUCAGUACAACAGGUAGAUCAGUUGUCGAUUAUGUUGUUGUUCCACAUGAGCAGCUUAAUCUUUAUUCAGAUUUCCAGGUAUGGCGAAUGUAUGAACUGAUUCAACGGUUUGACAUAGCCGUUCCAGAAAAAAUACCCGACCAUUCCUUACUAGAGUUUACUGAUAAUAUUGCUAAUGCAUAUUCGGACACGGACAGUCCGGGUCCUUACAAUUCAAGUGGAAUACAUCAUCCAAAAUUGCAUGUACCCAAAAAUUUCUUUGACGAAUAUACACCGCAUAUUAUAGAUAAAAUUGGUGAAAUUGAAUCAAAUUUAAACACAGAAAGUGAUAUUAAUCUUGCUUAUAAAUCAUUUGUGGACUUUCUAGUUAGUGAAUUAAAGCCGGAUAAACAGAACGUCAGAAGAUGCUGCAAGAAACUGAAGAAGAGAAGUAAACCAUAUUGGAACAAAACGUUAGAAAAUCACUGGAGUUUGGUACGUUGUAAAGAAAGAGCGUGGAUCAAAUGUAAAACCAAGUCGCGCAAAAAAAGUUUACACAGUGUUUUUAUUCAGGAGAGAAAACGUUUCGACAAAUCUCUGAAAAAUCAUAAACGUGAUUAUUUAAAUCAGAAACAAAAUGAGUUAUUAAAUCAAUUUUCAAGUAAUAACACACGGGACUUUUGGGAAUCCUUUGAUAAAAUAGGUAUCGCGAAUGAGCGCAGAAGUGCAAUUCCACUGGAAGUACUCGAUUCUGACGGCCGACUUGUGACGGACACGGAAACCGUUUUGAGACACUGGAAAGAUGACUUUUCUCAACUAUACAAUAAAAAUCUAGAUUUAAGUGAAUUCGACGAAGAGCACCUACACGGUAUACAAAAUCAAGUGUUUUCAUCCCUUGAAUCAGGAAGUGACGAAAACCGUGGUGAACUUAAUGAACCCAUCUCUGUGGCUGAAAUUAAAAAUGUAAUAGAUGAUGCCAAGCUCAGAAAAGCCACGGGUAUAGAUACAAUCCCGGCCAAGAGUCUAAAAAAAACCCAUAUGUAUUGAUAUUUUGCAUAGAAUUUGUAGUUUUUGCUUUGAAAAUAGCGUAGUCCCUGAACAAUGGAACAUGAGUAUUAUAAAUCCCACUCUGAAAGCAAAUACAUACAAGCAUGUGCCACUGUCCUAUAGGGGUAUAUCCCUUUUGUCUAUUCCAUGCAAAAUAUAUGCAGACGUCCUAAAUGCCAGAAUUAGCAAAUGGUGUGAAAAUAAUGAUAGUUUUGUAGAAGGGCAAAAUGGCUUUCGCAAAGAUAGAAAUUGCAUUGAUCAUUUAUUUUCUCUCACUAGCGUAGUUAGAAACCGAAUCAAAGCUAAGCAAUCCACAUUUUGUUGUUUUGUGGACAUGAAAUCAGCCUUCGAUAACGUAGAUAGAGAUUGUUUGUGGUAUAAAAUCCAAAAAAACAGGCAUAAGUGGAAAAACUUUUCAUGCUGUAAAGGCCCUAUACAAUGAUGUAAGGUGUUCCGUUCGUGUAAAUGGUCGACUUACUCCUUGGUUUGAUGCAAAAGUGGGCGUUAAACAGGGCUGCCCAUUAUCACCACUACUGUUUUCUAUCUACGUUAACGAUCUAGCUACAGCUAUAAAGGAAUUAAAUUGUGGCGUUGAUAUUGAUAAUUGUAAUGUUGGUAUUUUACUGUAUGCAGACGAUAUUGCUUUAAUUGCACUGUCAGAAGACAAACUGCAAAUUAUGCUAAAUGAAAUUAGUUCUUGGUGCUAUAAAUGGCGUUUGUCUGUAAAUCAAUCAAAGACUAAAAUUGUACAUUUUAGACCAUCUACAUGGCAAGUAUCGGAGAGAAUAUUUACUAUUGGAAAUUUGAAUAUUGAUUAUUGUGAAAGCUAUAAAUACUUAGGACUAUGGCUAGAUGGGCAUCUGAAUUUUAAUUUGUGUGUUAAUGAGCUAUCCAAGUCAGCAAGCAGAGCUCUGGCGGCCCUUUGUUCAAAACACUUCCAGGCAGGAGGAUUCCCAUAUAACAUAUUCACUAGGCUCUAUGAGUCUUUGGUUCAACCCAUCAUCCUCUAUGGGGCGCGAAUUUGGGGCAUUACUGAGCACCAUAAAUUGAACAGUGUCCAAAAUCGAGCAUGUAAAGUCUUCCUUGGUUUAAAACGGAACAGCCCAAACUUAGCAGCUAGAGGGGAUAUGGGAUGGACUUCGUGUCUCACGAAACAGAGAACAGAAGUACUGAGAUUAUUUUGUCGUUUAAAAAGUCUACCUAGUAGCAGAUUACCUGUUAUAAUUAGUAAUUGGUCACUCAGACGAGCUAAAUCUUGGGAAAAGAACGUACACGCCCUGGUAAAAAAUCUUAGAAUAAGUCAUAUAUGUGAUGUAGAAUCUAUAAACAAGUCUCAUUUAAAAGCUUUAAAGCGUCAUUUAUUCCAAAAUGACGAGAGUAAAUGGUUCCAAGAGUUAUGGAAUGACAGUAAAAACCCUAAUGGCAACAAAUUGAGAACCUAUCGUUUGUUUAAAAAGGAUUUGAAACCCGAAUCUUAUGUUUUAGUUAACAAUCUCCCACGCCAUAUACGUAAAGCCACGUCAUUAUUACGCAGCGGUAGUUCUGAUCUAAUGAUCGAAACACUGAGAUACAGUCACCCCCCAACCCCAUGCAUUUGUCGAUUAUGUCCCUUCUGCUCAGAAAUUGAGACAGAAUCCCAUUUUUUAAUUGAAUGCAAAAUGUACUCCGACCUUCGUUAUUGACCUUUUAGAGAAAUGCAUAAGAUAGACGCAAAUUUCUAUAAAAUGUCUAUCAAAGAGAAAGUAAUAAGUAUUUUUUCUUGUGAUAUCAACCCCAGUAUGAUAUGCAAUUUUAUAUUUGAUAUGUUUCAAAGGAGAGCCCUUUUUUUAAAAGAUAUGUGAUAUUAUUUUAUAACAGGAUAUUUUAUUUAAUAUAAAUCUGUAUUUUAGAUAAUUAUGUAUAUACAUAUAAAUGUAUAUAUAUAUAUGUCCAGUGUCCCAUAGGCCGUCAUGGCCGGGCGAUGUUCUUUUUAAUUAAGUUUUUAACUCGAUUAUGAUAUGUAAAUGUACAUCG